CUGGAACGGCCAACGAACGUUCAAUCCAGAGCAAUACCUGCAUUUUUCACUAACCAACAGCUGCACAAUAUUCUGUUGCAAUCUGAGACGGGCUCAGGAAAGACGCUGGCUUACUUGCUACCCAUCCUACAAAGCUUGGCUGUCGAUAAGCAAGGAGAACUCCGCAAGCUAGACCGAGCUAAGGCGGGGACCAAAUGCAUCAUUUUGUGCCCCACCCGUGAACUCGCCUCACAAACAGUAAAAGUUGUCGAGAACCUCUGUAGUCAUUCGUUCAACUGGCUUGUUCCGGGAUGUCUUUUGGGCGAAGAACGGCGCAAGUCAGAAAAGGCCAAAAUUCGAAAAGGAUUGUCUCUCGUUGUGGCGACCCCUGGGAGAUUACUCGACCACUUGACACGAACUGAGUCAUUACUUAUGGCUCUCAAAGGUAAAUUGGAGUGGCUAGUGCUGGAUGAAGCUGACCGGCUCCUCGAUAUGGGGCUUGGUGAGCAGGUGAAACAGAUAGUGCAGCGGAUUCGGUCGAACCAACCCGGCUCUGGCAGAGACGGAAUUACUUGGCGUUCCGUCUUGGUGUCCGCGACGGUUACUCCAUCGAUUGAAAAGCUUGCCAAGGAGACUCUUUUGGGUGGAGACAACUCUUGGGUCUGGGUAAAGGGAGGAAAUGACGCCCAAGUCGCCAAAGUUGCAGCCGAGUCCGAAUUUUCCCAGUCCACGCCACGGCAAUUAGCUCAAUUUCACAUGACAGUCAGCGCAAAAUUGCGGUUGGCGGCACUGGUAGGAUUUCUGACGCAACGUGCUGACAAGGGCGAACGGACUGUGGUUUUUAUGAGUACAUGUGCUAGUGUCAACUAUCAUCAUGCUUUGUUUGAAGGUAUGGAUUCGGUACUAGAAGAGAGCGAUUCUGACACUGGGAAAGGCAUAUUCGGCACCCGUUGUCCUAUUCAUCGUUUGCACGGUAGCGUACCGCAUAGCGAAAGACACCUCGUCCUCCGCAAAUUCACCAAGGAACAAAUUGUUGGUGGCAAGAAGCAAGCUGCAGUAUUACUCUGUACGGACGUCGCAGCCCGUGGACUCAACUUGCCGGAAUGCGAAUGGACUGUGCAGUAUGACCCCCCAAGCGAAGUGGCCGACUAUGUGCAUCGAGCAGGUCGUGUCGCUCGUGCUGGUAAAGCUGGUCACUCUUUAAUUUUCCUUUUGCCUUCGGAACGCACGUUCUUGGACGUGCUUAAGAAUCGCGGCGUCAAGCACAUGUCGGCUUUGUCGUUGGCGUCGACGUUGAAUGCAGCUGCCGCGAUAUGUGGGCUUGGUCAAUCCAAACUGGCUACGAGUCGCAGGGGCGAAGCCUUUUGUACCGAAUUGCAUCGACGGAUGGAAAACUUGAUCCGGACGCGUGCGAAACCCCAAGAAGUAUCAGGCCAACUAUUAGAGCUGGCUCGCGCGGCUUUCCUUUCACAUCUGCGAGCUUAUCCAACCAAAGAAAAAGCAGUGCGACAUAUUUUCUCCGCCAAGGCGCUGCAUCUGGGUCACGUAGCGCGAUCGUUUGCGCUGAAGGAGCCUCCUAAAAAGCUCGGCACCAAUUCGUCCCAGAGCGCCGCAAACCAAGAGGACGACUCACGCAAACGC